GCGCUAUUGGAUUUUAUUUUUUUGGAAGGAGAGCGCAAUUAAUCUUUAAUUUGCUACUUAAUCUCUCUGCCGUUUUGUUUUCUCCUUUCUACUUUUCCUUCUCUCUCCCCUCAACCCUAACCCUACCUUACAAUCGGGAUUCGUCAUGAAGGGAGGUAAAUCCAAGUCAGAUACUAAGAGUGGCAGGCUUUCCGUGAACAAGAAAUCAACUGCCAAAGCUGGGAAGAAAUCGGGGAAGGCAGCUAAGGAUCCAAACAAGCCAAAAAGGCCUGCUAGUGCCUUCUUCGUUUUCAUGGAGGAGUUCCGUGAGGUGUACAAGAAGGAACACCCUAAAAACAAAUCAGUUGCUGCUGUCGGCAAGGCUGGUGGAGAUAAAUGGAAGAGCCUGUCUGAUGCUGAAAAAGCACCUUAUAUAGCAAAGGCAGAGAAGCGAAAGGCUGAGUACGAAAAGAACAUGAAAGCCUACAAUAAGAGUCAGGCUGAGGGUCCCCAAGAAGAUUCAGAGUCUGAGAAGUCAGCGUCCGAGGUGAAUAAUGAUGAUGAGGAGGAUGAAGAGGGCAGUGGAGAGGAAGAAGAUGAUGAUUAGGAAGGAAGGAAAGAUUGAUGGAGGAGAUAUAGCAUAAUGAAUGUAGGCCGGUGAUAGUUGUUUGAUCAAAAUCUUAGUAUGUUAAUGCUUUUGAUGUUUCCCUGUUAUUCCUUUUAGAUGGUCAUGCAUGUUUUCUAAAGGGAAAAAUUGUACCUCUAAAUCCCAUUAGCUCCUUCUGACAUUUCAUAAAUUAAUAGAUGUGGAUGGUGGAAGAUUUACUUAUUGCUUU